AUGGUUGUAUUAUCCUGGUUGAAUAGCGACUCUAGUCGGUUAAAAACAUAUGUAUCGAAUAGAGUCACACAAAUAAUAGAGGUCUCCAGUCCUUCUCAAUGGCGACAUGUAAAGACAAAUGAAAACCCUGCUGACAUAAUCUCCCGUGGAAUAAGAGCUCAAGAGCUAAGCACAUCAACGAUCUGGUGGCAUGGCCCUUUUUGGUUAUCUCAAUCAACCGAUUGUUGGGAUACCACACCCAUACAACCAAUACUAAAAGCUGAACUUCCUGAACAACGACCGUUCCGUUUGGCGCUGCUAGCAACGAGCCCGAUCAAAGACUUGGUCAACAGUUAUUCUAGCUGGCCCAGACUUGUACGUGCAGUUGGAUGGAUUUUAAAAUUUAUUGAAUAUGUUGGGUCAAAAAGAGAAAGGCCAACGGCUAAGUAUCUCACUGUUCAAAACCUCAGAGCCGCUCAAAGAGCUUUACUCCAGACAGCGCAAGAAGAAGCAUUUGGUAAGGAAAUAGCAGCAUUACAACAACAUAAAAAUGUGUCUCACCGCAGUAAGUUGAAGUCCUUGAAUCCCUUUUUAAAGAACAAGUUAUUAGUCGUCGGAGGCCGGUUAGAGUAUGCCAUGAUAACAGAAGAGCAAAGAACACCAAUUAUUCUUCCUGCUGACCAUAGAGUAACUCGUCUAAUUUUUACAGAACGUCAUCGCAGCUUACUGCAUUGUGGUCCAUUAGCUCUUUUAGCAGACGUAAGACGUCAAUAUUGGCCUGUGCGGGGAAGGCUCACAGCAAGAUCGGUAGUCAAGCGUUGUGUUGACUGUGUCCGAGCAAAACCAAGGUUCCAACAUCCAUUGAUGGCACCAUUGCCAAAACAAAGAGUUACUUGUACACGUCCUUUUACAAAUACAGGCGUUGAUUUCGCUGAAACAGUUGAGGAUUUAACAUCCAGUGCGUUUAUUGCCUCACUUCGAAGAUUCUGUUCCAGGAGAGGAAAACCUGAUAAAAUCUGGAGUGAUAACGGUACCAAUUUCGUUGGAGCUAGACGAGAACUAACAACAUUUACAAAGGGCAUAGAAUCACUGUCGGCUGCCGAAGACAUCAAUUGGCAUUUUAACCCGCCUUCCACCCCACAUUUCGGAGGAAUUUGGGAAAGCUGCGUUAAAAGUGCGAAGCAUCAUUUAACAAGAAUUGUCAAGGAUGCACAUUUGACACUCAGCGAACUGCAGACUCUACUCUGUCAAAUUGAAGCGUGUCUAAACUCUCGCCCUCUUACACCAUUGAGUAGCUGCCCAGACGAUUUAGAACCGCUCACCCCUGCUCACUUCCUAAUAGGGGGUCCAAUCACGUUGCCUCCGGAACCAGAUUUAACAUCUCAGCAAAUAAGUGGGCUUCGAAGGUGGAAGUUAGUACAAGCACUCAUGCAGUCUUUUUGGACAAGAUGGACCUCGGAAUACUUGCCUCAGCUGCAGGUCAGAGGAAAAUGGACUACGGCAACCAAGCCAUUAGCAGUCGGCGAUGUCGUAAUUGUAAGGGAAGACAACAUGGCUCCAUGCAAGUGGAAGAUGGCACGCAUAACAUGUCUACACCCAGGAAGGGACGGUCAUAUCCGAGUGGUCACCAUACGAACUGCUAAUGGUACAGAGACGAAAAGGCCAGUCCUCAAAUUAUGUCUGCUGCCAGUCGAGAAAGAGUUUGAAGAUUCCUGA